AUGGCGGAGGAGCCGUCAGAGAUGUUGGACUCAUUUAUGGACCCAGAAACUGCUCAGAAGUACGUGGAAGACUCCUCCUCAGAUGAUUCAGAAAUCCUACAGCCCGAAACCUUAGUGAAGGUCAUGAAGAAACUCAACCUCAACUCCAGCGCCAAGCCGCCAGAACGCCGUAGUCGUCGUCGACGGCGCUCCCGCCGCCCCCAGAUUGAGAACAUACUAUCUGAGAACAGAAGUCAGAAAAUCUUAAGGGAGGUUCAAAGUGCCUUUCCCAAGAGAAGGGUCCGCACGUUACUGUCCGUGCAGAAAGAUCCUAUAGCAAGGAUGAGAAGACUUUUCCGGAUUGAGAAGAAACUAAAAAGUAUUGAAGGCAAUGAGAAUGAAGAGCGAAGGGAGCCGUUCAGAUGUCUCUGUACUUUCUGCCUGUAUCGAGGGUGGGAUCCUUCUGAGAAUGCUAAAAUAGGGGAAAAUUCAGAGUCAAAUUAAACUCUGCACUGUCCUUAUUGCUGUUAGUACCAUGCAGCAGGUGUGAAGGAUUUUCAACU